AUGGCCACCAGCCCAUUAACAGUCACAAACGACCACCUUUUGUCCUCUCCUCCAAACUCCUACCAAGACUCCCUUCAGUCAAGAGUCAGUCACUCCAACAUGAAACCAAACCAAGUCAGCCAAGUCACUUUGUAUGGCAUCCCUAUUGUAUCGCUGGUCAUAGAUGGGCAGGAGAGGUUGUGCCUUGCCCAAAUCUCUAACACACUCCUUAAAAACUAUAGCUACAAUGAGAUCCACAACAGGCGGGUAGCCCUUGGUAUCACCUGUGUGCAGUGCACCCCAGUUCAGUUGGAAAUCUUGAGAAGGGCAGGAGCAAUGCCCAUAUCUUCACGAAGAUGUGGAAUGAUUACUAAAAGGGAGGCUGAGAGACUGUGCAAGUCCUUCUUAGGAGAGAACCGGCCACCAAAGCUUCCAGAUAACUUUGCAUUUGAUGUUAGUCAUGAAUGUGCAUGGGGGUGCAGGGGGAACUUCAUCCCGGCAAGGUACAACAGCUCCAGAGCUAAGUGUAUUAAAUGCACCUACUGCAACAUGUACUUCUCUCCAAACAAGUUCAUUUUCCAUUCACAUAGAACCCCAGAAGCUAAAUACACCCAGCCUGAUGCUGCCAACUUCAAUUCAUGGAGGAGACAUCUUAAGCUCUCAGAUAAGACCCCUCCAGAUGAAAUGGUAUUUGCCUGGGAAGAUGUCAAAGCAAUGUUCAAUGGUGGCAGCCGAAAGAGGGCUUUAAGUCAUGCACAUUGCCAAAGUCUGAGCAGCGUAAAAGCAAGCAAUGGCCUCUUGCCACACAUGAUUGGUCAAGACCUCAAUCAGAAGAGGCCAAGGUUCGAAGAAGAAGAAGAGAUAGAGCCCACCAACAUCACAAACAAGACCCAAAGAAGUUACCCUGUCAUCCCAGUCCCCAGCAAAGGAUUUGGCAUGUUGCAAAAAUUCCCCGCCAGCACCCUCUUUCCAAGUCCAUACACUUUCCCAGCCUUUGGCCUGUGUCAGAAAAAAGAUGAUGCUGAUACAGUCAAUGGCCAGAAGACCAGUGCAUUGUCAGGACUAUUCUGGCCUGGUAGAAAAGAUGCAUUUUAUCCCCCUUUUUGUAUGUUUUGGCCACCAAGAACUCCUGGUGGACUUCCAGUUCCUACCUAUCUCCAGCCUCAACCCAGCACCCUUACUUCUAUUACAGACAACCCAACUCUAAGACAGGCCUUCCUAGAGCUGGCAGACCAGAGUGAUGCCAGCAACCUCAGCAACACUGGAGACACCUUGUUCGAAACCGAAUGUUCCAGCUCUCCAGUGUCCAGCGACAUCAGACCCUCCUCUGAAACCAGGACCAACGUCUUGGAGGUCCCUUCCUUCCCAAUUCGGAAACAGAGCUACCAUUCCGCCUUCCGGCCUGUGGUCAAAGACGCCGAGAGCAUUGCCAAAUUGCAUGGCAACCUUGAGGACUUCCAAAACGAUAGGCAUGUGUCACCCGGCACUAGCUGCAGUUACCAAAGUGACAGCUCGGACUCUGAUGAAGAGCAGGACGUGGAUGUGGAAACCAACAAGCCGCCUGGUGAAGACGAAGAGGAAAGUCUCAGCAGUCAGUUUCUGCAGAGUAGAGGACUGGUAGAAAGCAACGAGAAAACAUGCAAAGACCGUUCCCCCUUCUCCAGUUCCAGGAGCGAAACGCAGGCCGAGAAAAUGGAAAACGCAGAACAUCCUUCUUCCACCCCAAAAGACUCCAGCCCCCGUCAUACAUCAGUGGAGGAACCUUGCUACAAAGAUACCCAGAAAAGCAAAGAAAACAAUGGGAACUUAUCCUCCAAGGAAGACUCCUACCCAGAUAAAAGCAAAGAGAUCCAUUUUUAUGUCACAGAAUCGGACGCCUCGGCGGGUGAAUUCUGGAGAGAAAUACCAGGAGAAGCCAGUCAGGAUGGCUCAUCACCAGCCCUGAAGAAGGACAUGGGGAGCAUGGGGAAAGAAGAACUUCAGAAAGUUUUAUUUGAGCAAAUAGAUCUGAGGCGGAGACUGGAGCAAGAAUUCCAAGUGUUAAAGGGGACGCCAUCUUUUCCUGUUUUCAAUAACUUCCAUGACCAAAUGAAGAGAGAGCUAGCAUACAGAGAGGAAAUGGUCCAGCAGUUACAAAUUAUCCCUUAUGCUGCCAGCCUAAUCAGGAAAGAGAAGCUCGGUACACAUUUGAGCAAAAGCUAA